GUCGGACAAGAACUCGACGAUGCUAUGAAACGAAAGAGCAGCAGAAAAAAUUAAACAAGUUCCAAGAAAGUAAACAACUCCGAUGUUACCGUCAUGAGAUUGUUUAGCCAAUGUUUCGUGACAUGACAAUACCCCUACUAUUUUUUAAGGACCAACAAAAGCUAAUGUAUUCAGUAAAUGCAGCAGCGCAAAUGAUAUUUCUAAAGCUCUAGCACCGAAACACCGAACAGUUUCAGUAAGUUUAACAAUUAGUUGUCGGCUAGCCCUUCUAUUUCAACUUGUAAAAAUAGUAUCAAGUGCAGGCACGAUGUCUGAUUGACCUUCCCCUCCUUCAACACGUAUUUUCAGUUCAUCUACUUUCUCACACACAGAUUGAAGUACAAUGUUAGUUACCGAAAAAGAAUGAAGCGUAAUCACGAGAUAUACAACUUUUUGAAAAAAAGAAAAAACUGUGUCACUAGUACUUCGAGUCUCUUUCUCCUGACUUUUUUCUGUAGACGGGAAGGGAAGUCGCCUAGAACAGCCUCGUCGGAGCGAGUUUGUUGCAGAAGACUCGAUAAGACGGCCCGUUGUCUUCGCGCUCCUAGUAGUUCGUUGCCGCAAGGUACGACCUUUUGCGAGUGUGUGAAGAAGAUAGAGAGGCAAUUACUGUUCCGAUCUGUUGUAAGAUUAAAAAAAAACAGAUCAGUCAUUGAUGUUGAUAUUUUCGUGUCACUAAAUAAACCUACACAAGAACAAGUUUGAAUUUGAUGAUCAGGCCGACUUCACAAUGAACAGAAAACGAAACUGGAAAUAUAAUAUUUUUUGACCCC